GCAUAGUAUACAUGUUUCUUGCUGCCGAUUAAGUAUGUUGGAUUAAGUUAUCUGGCAUGGUAUUGCGUCAACUGCUCGGUGCUUGCAAUCACCUCCGCCCUUUACAUACCCGCCGUAACCUAGCGCCGCUGACUACAUUUCAACUCCCUAACAACUCUUCAAGCCAUUCGGCCGUGUCUCCAGGCGCCGCUUCGCGCUUAUCACCUCCUCUGCCGCCGGCAAAGCGUCCCCAGCCCUUUUUUCCUCUCACCGCCCGGCUUCACACCCCGCAGCCUAGACUCCUUACCCGCCGCCUAAGCAGCGUCAGCGCCAGUAAGCGGCCUCAGCGGGUGCCUACCUCGGUGACCUCUACCCCGCCAGCCCGCCCACCCACGACCACCUGGCCGGCCCCACCGGCGGUGACAGCAGCCGGGCGCGGCGGGCUGCGCGCGGCCGAAUGGCCAAUUCCAAGUACGAAUACGUCAAGUAGUACGAAUUGGACGAUACGUUGCUGCCGGGAUGCUGGAUUGUCGUGCGCAUAGAUGGCAAGGGCUUCACGAAAUUCAGUGACCUGCAUGGCUUUGAGAAGCCCAACGACAAACGGGCUCUGGACCUGAUGGACGAGUGUGCCAAGGAGGUGAUGAACGAGUUCCCGGAUGUGCGGCUAGCGUACGGAGAGAGCGACGAGUACAGCUUCGUGCUGGGCAGGGACACCGACAUGUACGGCCGGCGCGCCUCCAAGAUCGUGUCGCUGCUGGUGAGCUGCUUCACCGCCACCUACGUGGCCCGCUGGUCCGCCCACCUGCCCGACACGCCGCUCCGCGCCACGCCCAUGUUCGACGGCCGCGCCGUGUGCUACCCGCUUGACCGCCACCUGCGGGACUAUCUGGCGUGGCGGCAGGCGGACACCCACAUCAACAACCAGUACAACACGUGCUUCUGGGCGCUUGUGAAGGGCGGCAAGAGCCCGGCGGAGGCGCAGGCGGUGCUGCGGGGCACCCAGGCCGCCUUCAAGAACGAGCUGCUGUUCCGCGACUUCGGCAUCAAUUACGCACACCUGCCGGACCAGUUUAAAAAGGCGAGUCCUUCCCUAAGGGGGUCAAAGAGAAAGAAGGCGGUGACAGGUUGCAAUGGAAAGGGCCAGGUCCGGUUUACUAGGGCGGCAUUACUGGUAGCCAUCCUAGACAUAAACGUAAUUACCGGUACGACCACCAUUAGCGCGCCGUAUCAUGUGCUGCGAUGUUCAUCGUCAAGGACUGGCGUAUCCUUACUGCGGGUUUCAGGCAGACAGCACACGCUUGGUUUAUACGCAUGUGUUCUGUCCCCCAAACCACGCACCUGCUUCCCAUUCAAUUCCUUGCCCGACAGCUAGCUAUGGUUAGUACAGUUACGCGGUUCAGUUGCUUCCUUUGUUUAGCACAUGGCACCUGCAUCCACCCCCCCGCCGCUGGGUAUGUAGGGGUCUGUUGGGAUCCGUCAGAAGGCGCUGCUGGAGGUGAAGCGGCGCGAGGACGGCAGCCCGGUGCUGCGGGAGCGCUCCGUGCCCACCGUGAUGCACGCGGACAUCAUCCGGGACGACUUCUGGGAGGCGCACCCGCAGCUGCUGGCGCCGUAGGUAGAUAGGGGGCCGCAGCUGCUGUUGAUGCCGUAUGUGGAGGUCCCGGCUGCUGCUGCUGGCACCGUAGGGAGCCUCAGCUGUAGCAGCGGCAUACUUAGGCACAGUUACAUGGUAGGUAUGAGGUAUUGCUGAGCGUUAGGGAUGGGACUAUGCAGAUCCUGUAGCCGCAGGAUGGUCAAUGCAACUUCUGGUAAAUGAUACUGUAACGCAUGUUAUAAAAGGCCUCUCGAGAUGUCGUGACGUUUCCCUUUAUGACUUCUAUUGUAGUCUUGCUACAGAUACCCUAAAUGAAGUGACCCAUGGGCCACUUCAGUGACCACCAUCCCCACUGGUGGCUGUAACUGCUGGAACCAUAGCACGGGCAUGCCUGGGCGGAUGCCUUUUGAUAGCAGCAGCGGGUGAUAGUGGUGGUAUGUGUGCAUGGUAGGUCAGCUGCAGCCGUACACGCACGCUGGUAAAAUGUGCUCCUAGGCACAGCUGUUGCUGUGCAGGUAGCGAGGUAGGAUGUCGGUCUGGAUGGGCGCCUUUCAUUCCCGUUCACCGGCUGUCCUAGAGGCAGCGGGCUUGGCUACUAGCGUGUGUCGUGAGGCAGUCGAUUAUUUUAUUAGCCAAUUCAGGAGUUAAAAGGUGUACAGUGCCCCACACAAUGCAUGUACACGGCUGCGUGGUUAGGCCCCAUUACCUCAUCAGAGGGCAUGGGCAACCAUAAUUGCAUAAAUUAGGUUUUGUCCUUAGAAGCUGCCUAUCGAUGUAAAGAGCUGAGCGGAACUGAGUGAGCCUGGGAGCAAGACGACUGGACCUUACACGAGGAGAGCAAACACAACAAGCGAGCGAGCGUGACAGCAACUCGCAAACAGCCAAAAAACCAAGUCUGGCAAAGGCCGACCUCCGGCCGCAACCCAACCCACAGCAACCACAGAACCGCAAACCCAACGUAGCGCGAUCCGCCUCAACCCAGAAGACAACCACAAACCCCAAGGAUGCCUACCAGCCCCUGCAUUCCCGAAACAAAGCCAGCACGGAGCGAACACAGCGGGUAAAAAACGGGAACAGGGGCGCACAAGGGCAAAACCCCGCUGCAGCUCCGGCCAGCACCUAGUUAAGUUGGCAGGCGAUCAAGAAAGCCAAACACACCUCAAGGAAACCAACCGACGAGUACCCAGCAACCCCCAGCAACACUCCCACGGUGAAACCGGGCCCACGAAGAACACAAAACCAACCCCGCUCCCAGCACCACACUAGGAAAACCACACAAAAGAACCAGGCUCACCGACCCGUCACAGAGACCAACCCACAGCCCACAACAGCCGGCCCACAACACCAAUCCCAUCCUCCCGCUAUCUCCCAUGCCGCCAGGUUCCUAGCGGUCAAGUCCGUGCACUCCAGACUCCCAAGAUGGCCCCCAGCGCCGCCGCCAGCAGGCUCGCGCUACCACGCGGCGACCCGCCUCGGCACCACAGGCGUGAUCCACCAGCACCAGCCGCCGGGCAGCGCUGGGGAGGAGACAACACAGGGCGGGGCUCAUGCGCCACCUCCCCUGUUCAUCCGCCUCCCCGAGCCAUCUGCACGCCCUACCCCCUAUCUACACCAUCCCCGACUCCGGCCAGAGCAAAACCAUCACCGAACAGUGCAGCACACCGGCAAGAAGACCAGCAGCAUGACCACCACAUAUCCAACACAGCGACCCAACCCAGCACAGCCACCAAAGCCAACAGCACAUCCAGCAUGAGCAGCGGCACCACCAGCACCAGCCAGCCAACAGCCACCAGCUCCACCAUUACCAGCACUAUGUGCACCACCUCCAGCCGCUGCCGCAGCGAUACCAGCACCACUAGCAGCAACAGCAACAUCAACACCGCCACCAACAGCAGCACCACCACCCUCCAUGGCCCCUUGCUUUGCCCCUAAUUGCCCCUCAUGCCCCCAAGUAACCUGGGGCACCUUAGCCCACUUGCCCCUAGCCCCAUCCUGGCCCUUUGCACCAGGAGCACCACCAACUGCACCACAACCGCCUCCGUUGCCUAAACAGCGCACC